AUGACAGCUGUCAGCACUUCGUACACCACCUCCGUCUGCAGCAUCUUGGGACGCAGCUCAGGGAUUAAUCCAGUCGCACGGCAUCGAAUGCAUUUCCGUACGUUAUUGUACGGUAGUUCCGGCGGCCGCGCGACCGCGGGGCAGCUUCCACGGGCAUCGUCGUCGUCGGUGGCGGCGGCAUUUGCGCCAGGGACGUUCUCAAGUCCCUUCACGGGCCCGACGGCGACGGCGACGGGGCUGUUGGUGACGGGACCCAGACGGCUACUGCGGGCGGCGCCGCCGCUGGGCGCCGCCGCUACAGCUGCCCCGUGUGUUCCGACGGCCAGUACCGUCGGGGCAGUCCGCUUUGUCUGGCGUGAUAGCAGAGGGUAUGAGCACUUCCAGGGCCGCGGUCACGACUGGUCGUUAAAAAAUAACCGUCGAAUCUGGUACACGGCGGCUGCGAUGGCCGCGACGGGGCUGUCGUACUACUUGUACUGCUUGGAAAAGGUGCCGUACACCGGCCGUCUCCACUCCAUCAUGCUGGUCAGUCAGCGCCAGGAGCAGUGGAUGGGGAAAGUGGGUUUCGAGCAGUUCAAGGCGAUAGCCCGCGCCGAGCACAAGCUGCUUCCCGACAACCACCCCGACGUGGAGCGAGUUCGUACAUUGGGUACGGCCAUCGCCCGCGUGGCCGCCAACAGCGGCAGUAGCAGCAGCAGCGGCAGCAGCAGCAGUAGCGGCGGCGGGUCGGUGAUCGUAUUCAGCGGUUUGCUGAGGCUGCUGGACUCGAGCGAUGCCGAGUUGGCAGCUGUGCUGGCUCACGAGGUCGGUCAUGUGCUGGCUAGGCACCCGGCCGAGAACCUGAGCAGGCUCAACGUUUGGCUGCUGUUCAACACGGCGCUGCGACUGACGCUCGGGUUCGCGCUGCCGGACGUGGCCAUGUACCUGGCGCUCAUGCUGCCGAACUCCAGGAGAAACGAGCACGAGGCUGAUGUCAUCGGUCUGCAUCUCAUGGCCCAAGCGUGUUUCGACCCCUCCGCCGCCAUUGCCAUGCUGGAGAAGCUCAACCAGGCAGAGAAAGCGACGAAACAGGGCCAUACCAUGGGCACCUCCCUCCCCCCUUUCCUAAGCACCCACCCCCUCACAACCGACCGAGUAACCCACCUGGAGAGUCAGCUGCCGGCGGCGAUGACGCUGUUUUAUGCGUCAGGUUGCGGUGCGAGACUAGAUGACUUCAGUCGCGGCGUGGACGGUCUGAUGUCGGAUGGCCGCAUUGUCAGAUGGCCCUAA